UGUUCUUCUGACGCUUCUACGAUAUUUCUUGUUCUUCUUUCAGUAAUCAGUCUUUUGGCAUUUACUGGAAAUUGCCUUAUAAUUUUAGCAUUCAUCAAGAAUAUUAACUUGAAGAUCAGCCACAACUACCUCAUUGUUAAUAUGGCGGUGUCUGAUCUCAUUUGCGUGCUGUUCAAUUGGCCACUCUAUGUGACAGAAGGGAUGUUAAAACCUGGCGGAAAUCUUAUUACAGAACCUUUUCUCGCCUCAUCAUUUUGCAAGCUUGGGAUUUAUGUACGAGCCAUGUCUUACGUGGUGUCUAUUUUGAGCCUGGUCCUCAUCGCCGUGGACAGAUAUAUAGCAACUGCAUUCCCGCCGAGAGCUUCGCGUAUAACUGGAAAGAUGCGGACAAUUUUACUCACAUCAUGCUGGUGCCUUCCUGCAGCUUUCCUCGUCCCGUAUUUGAUUCAUUCUGAAAUUGUUCAAAUUGACGAACAUACGUUUUGUAGAAACAUGAUUGGGCCAAACAAACUGGAAAUUUACAGCUUUUUAGGGUUUGUAGUGUUUUAUUGUGUGCCCCUUGUUUUAAUAAUUGUUUUGUACUCUCGUAUAGUAAAGUAUCUACAAAGACGAAAAGAAAAACCUGGUGGUGAAAUAAGAGGUGAAGGAUCAAAUAGACUCAGGAUAAGGCAAAAUCAAAACAUCUUGAAAAUCUUUGGGUCAAUUGUUCUCGGAUUCUUUGCAUGCUGGACACCUCUUUAUAUUUACAUGUUUCUAAAAUCGCUAUAUCCAUCUAUACUUGAAAAGGACAAAUGUCUUUUACUUAAACUUGUGGGUAUACUCUAUUACAUAUUUCCAGUGCUCAGUACCGCGAUAAAUCCAUUUAUUUUAAUAACCUUUAGCUCAAGCUUUCGAACGGCUGUAAAG